AAACAGCCUCUCACCAACCACUGUUACAUCUUCAGCUUAGGUAGAAAGGCAGCUGUAUACCAUCCCUGGUGCGGCACAGUGUGAGGUCUACUUUGUCGCAGUUAAAUCUGAGUAGCAGUUUAGUCUUUUUUAUUUUUUUGCGGUGCUUUACGCGACGGAGGUGUUGUAAUAUAUUAUAAUGUAGCCGUUAGCAGUGGUUUGUUUAUCUGGCGGGGUGGACAGAGCCGAGUCUCCGUGUAGAAUACUUGUUUGACUUGUCUGUGAAGCCCAGAACUUCAAACUGGCUGAAAUGGAUGAGCAAAGUGUUGAGAGCAUUGCUGAGGUGUUUCGAUGCUUCAUUUGCAUGGAGAAACUGAGGGAUGCUCGCCUCUGUCCACAUUGCUCCAAACUCUGCUGCUUCAGCUGUAUACGACGAUGGCUGACGGAGCAGAGGGCACAGUGUCCACACUGUCGGGCUCCACUUCAGCUGAGGGAGCUUGUCAACUGUCGCUGGGCGGAGGAGGUCACCCAGCAGCUGGACACCCUGCAGCUUUGCAGCCUCACCAAGCACGAGGACAAUGAUAAAGACAAAUGUGAGAACCAUCACGAGAAGCUGAGUGUUUUCUGUUGGACCUGUAAGAAAUGCAUCUGUCACCAGUGUGCCCUGUGGGGAGGCAUGCACGGCGGCCACACCUUUAAGCCCCUUGUGGAGAUUUAUGAGCAGCAUGUGACCAAGGUGAAGGAGGAGGUUGCCAAGCUGCGCCGCCGCCUCAUGGAGCUCAUCAGUCUGGUGCAGGAAGUGGAGAGGAACGUUGAGGCAGUUAGGGGUGCAAAAGACGAGAGGGUCCGAGAGAUACGUAACGCCGUGGAAAUGAUGAUCGCUCGUCUGGAUAACCAGCUCAAGAAUAAGCUCAUCACCCUCAUGGGCCAGAAGACGUCCUUGACCCAGGAGACGGAGCUGCUGGAGUCUUUGCUGCAGGAGGUGGAGCAUCAGCUUCACUCCUGCAGUAAGAGCGAACUGAUCUCAAAGAGCCCAGAGAUCCUCCUCAUGUUCCAGCAGGUCCACCGGAAACCCAUGCAGUCCUUCGUCACCACGCCCGUCCCUCCAGACUUCACCAGUGAGCUGGUUCCUGCCUAUGACUCCAGCACUUUUGUUCUAGUCAACUUCAGCACCCUGAGGCAGCGGGCUGACCCAGUCUACAGCCCUCCCCUGCAGAUCUCUGGCCUCUGCUGGAGACUCAAAGUCUACCCAGACGGUAACGGUGUGGUUCGUGGAAACUAUCUGUCUGUGUUCCUCGAACUGUCUGCAGGACUUCCCGAAACAUCAAAAUAUGAGUACCGUGUGGAGAUGGUCCAUCAGGCCUCCAGUGACCCCACAAAGAACAUAAUUCGGGAGUUUGCCUCUGACUUUGAGGUCGGUGAAUGCUGGGGCUACAACCGCUUCUUCAGGCUUGAUCUUCUAGCCAGUGAGGGAUACCUGAACAUGCAGACAGACACACUGGUCCUCCGCUAUCAGGUUCGCUCACCUACCUUUUUCCAGAAGUGCCGAGAUCAGUACUGGUACAUCAGCCAGCUGGAGUCGGCCCAGAGUGGCUACAUCCAGCAGAUCAACAAUCUCAAAGAGAGGCUCGCUAUCGAGCUAUUUCGCCGUCAGACCUCACGCAGCUCCUCGCCUCCUGACCUGAGGCUUGCUGCGGGCACCACGACCUCUGAAAGAGACCCUCGCUCGGUGAAGAGUGACGAUGAGAUUCAGACCACUUUGAGCAACACUAAGAAAGGAGAAGAAGAGGAGAGGACGCAACACGAUGACUCUAAUGAGCUGUCAGACGGUGACCUGGAGGUGGACUGUCUGACAGAAGAGGAGGUGAACCCUCUGGAUGGCAGCAGCACUUCAGGGAGCUCCACAGCCACCAGCAACACUGAGGAGAAUGACAUAGACGAGGAGACAAUGUCCGGGGAGAAUGAUGUCGACUUCAUCGGCAACCUGGACACAGAAGAAGGAGAGCUUCCUGAUGACUUGGCUGGAGCCACGGGCGGUUCCAACUCCAGUGUGCGAUCAUUACACCGUAGUGCUGCAGCUGCUGCCGGUCGUAGUACUAGUGGCAGUGGAGCUGCCGCUGCUGCUGCUGCCGCCGGUGCUGUUGGGCCAGGUGGUAACAGCCUCCUGGAGAUCGACCCGGUUAUCCUGAUCCAGCUGCUGGAUCUGAAGGAGCGCAGCAGCGUGGAAUCCCUGUGGGGUCUUCAGCCUCGGCCUCCGGUGUCUCUCCUCCACAGCCAAGCUCAUCCUCACUCGAGGAAGGAACGAGAGCGGCGUCCGCAGGUGGUGCGACGAUCAGCUCCUGACUCGGGGGUCCUCAUCCGCCUCAAGGCUCAGAUGGCUGAGGUCCGCAGCAAGAUGGCCGAUGUCAAGAGUCAAGUGCUGGAGGUGCGAGGGUCAGCGGAGCCCAGGCCUGGCCCAUCUGGGGCCUUCGGCACUGAAGAGCUCCCGUCUCAUCACGGCGAUUCAGAGAUGGCAGCUUGUCAUAAACCCAGCGAGCUUGACCUGGUGGGGAGAGCAGCUGCGACUCGAGCCAGACCCUGCCGCCCCGCCAGGAAGUCUCUGUCUCCCGUCCUGGACAGCAGCUCUCUGGUUGUGAAGAGGAGGAGUCCAGAGGAGAUGGAAAAAGACCUGAGAGGAGCAGAAGCUGCUCUGGAGCUCAGCCUGCAUCAUAAAGAUGGGAUGGGAGGAGCAGAGGGAGUGCUGAAGGCUGACAGCCUCCAGGGGCCCCUGGUGUCUCUCGGCAGCACCGCAUCAGACCAGCCCUCCACCUCUAAGCAGCAAUAUACGAUGGAGCAACAGCUAUACGGGGCCUCGGGGUCCAGGGAAGACAUCUUCACCUUGGCAGCAUCGAGCUACAUGGCUUCAAGCAAGAACUGUGGCAGCAGGAGCCUGGGGGCAGCUGCGUUGGACUGUGAAUCGGAGAGCUCAGGAAACUCCCAUCAGUCCUUGCCGGAGGGGCCGUCUGCACAGCUGCUGUCAUGUGAAGAUCAGCCGGCAUCUGUCCUGGUGACAGCUACAAGCAGCGACAGCGACACUGAGGACGAGGCCCUGCAGAGCAACAACUCUCGCUACGACAACCACACUCCACCCUGCACAGGAGAGCAGCUCCUGUCUGAUGACAUGAGUCUACCUGCUGACAGGUGAGCGCAGAAGGGCGCCAGCUUCACGCCACAAUAACGAUGCAAUAACGGCUGGAGAGGACACACAUGCUAGUUACACACAGCUGUAGAGUAGAAACUAUUUGUUAUGCAUGAACUGAAAACAAACACUUGUUUUUUUUCUUAGUUUCCUGAAUGUCUUUAUUAUAGGACCAUGGCAGAAGUUAAUGAAAUAACUGUUAAGGGCAUCACUUCAUGUUGUGCAGAAACAACAGAGCUGCUCCCUUCAAGACAAACAACAUCACAGUUUGCGUUUAAAGUUGUUUUUCUCUGUUCUGGGUUUGUCUUCAUUCGGGGGUUUGACCUCUCGGUGCUGCUUUUUGCUCGUCAGUGUGGCUGUUAUAUAGCAGCACUGGGUUUACGUAAGUCAGUUAGUCUCAUUAUUUAAUAGCCACGUACUAAUGGCGACACUGCUGUUUGUUUAAUGACUGAAUUUCUAACAGUGUUAGGUGCAUAGAAGCAGGACUGCAGUGCUUUUUAGUCACUUUAUUUAAUUCCUUGUGUAUAAAUGCUUUUCUAAGUCUG